AUGGGGCUCCACUUUCCUGGCGUUGCUUUCGUGACCGGUGCCGGAUCUGGCAUUGGUCGUGCCACAGCUCUUCUGUUCGCAAAGGAAGGCUGCAGGCGUAUCGCUAUCGCUGAUCUCAACAAACACGCUCUCGUCAAAGUCCAAAGCGAGAUUGAGAGCGAACAUGCAGAUAUCAAGGUCGAAGUACACCACAUAGACCUAACGUCCGAAGAGUCGGUAGACGGCGCUAUCAAGAAUGUGGCGAAGUCAUUCGGCCGCAUCGAUUACGCGUGUAACGCCGCUGGAGUCCUCAUGCCUGGGCCAACAGAUUCCGUCACAGUGGAGUCCUUCGACAUGCAGCAACGAGUCAACCUUCGUGGAACAUGGCUCUGCCAACGCGCAGAAAUCAAACAAAUGCUCACGCAAGAACCCCUCAAAGCCGACGACUCCCGUUUCGCAGCAAGGGGCUCAAUCGCAAACGUGGCAUCAAUGCUAUCCUUCAUCGCCUACGACCAUUUACCCGCAUAUACGGCCAGCAAGCACGCCAUCCUGGGCUUCACGAGGACGGAUGGGCUCAGAUAUGCUAAAGAUUUGAUCCGUGUUAAUGCGAUCUGUCCCGGUGUGAUUCGGACUCCUUUGCUAGGGCAACUUCCGGAGGAGACGGAGGGGACGGUGGAUAAGCAGGUUUCGGGGAUGGUGAGUGAGAUGGCGAUUGGGAGGUUUGGGCUGCCGGAGGAGGUCGCGGAGUGUCUUGUUUGGGCUACGUGUGGGAGGGCGAGUUUGGUUACGGGGUCGACUUUGUCGCCUAAUGGGGGGAUGGUUGGUGCUUGA